UGACGGCGAUCUGUUGCAAUGAGAAAGCCUCUUUGUGUGUUGUCAACGUAUAUAACACAUCUCUGCCGCAGUUUCUUUCUUUGGAAUAAUGUCGGCUGAAUAUGACAAUAGAGACAACAAUGGCCCGGAGGGCAUGGAGCCAGAUGGGAUCAUUGAGAGCAACUGGAGUCAGAUCACGGACAGUUUUGAUGAGAUGAACCUGCGUGAGGCUCUGCUCAGGGGAAUCUAUGCCUAUGGUUUUGAGAAGCCCUCUGCUAUCCAGCAGAGAGCCAUUAUGCCUUGUAUCAAGGGUUACGAUGUGAUCGCUCAGGCCCAGUCUGGCACUGGGAAGACUGCCACCUUUGCCAUUUCCAUUCUCCAGCAGAUUGAUGUGGAGCUGAAAGGCACUCAGGCUCUGGUCCUUGCUCCCACCAGGGAGCUGGCUCAGCAGAUCCAGAAGGUGGUGCUGGCCUUGGGUGACUACAUGGGAGCCAGUUGCCAUGCCUGUAUCGGAGGGACCAACAUUCGCUGUGAAGUCCAGAAGCUGCAGGCUGAGUCCCCUCACAUUGUGGUGGGAACCCCCGGCCGCGUCUUCGACAUGUUGAAUCGCAAAAUCCUCUCUUCCAAGUUCAUCAAAAUGUUUGUGCUGGACGAGGCUGAUGAGAUGCUUAGUCGAGGGUUCAAGGACCAGAUCUACGAGAUUUUCCAGAAACUAGCAAGCAGCACACAGGUUGUCCUUCUGUCAGCCACCAUGCCAGCUGAUGUUUUGGAGGUCACAAAGAAGUUCAUGCGUGAACCUGUCAGAAUCCUGGUAAAGAAGGAGGAGCUGACCCUUGAGGGCAUCCGUCAGUUCUACAUCAAUGUGGAGAAAGAGGAGUGGAAGCUGGACACGCUGUGUGACCUGUACGAAACCCUGACAAUCACACAAGCGGUCAUCUUCAUCAACACAAGGAGGAAAGUGGACUGGCUGACCGAGAAGAUGCACGCCAGAGACUUCACCGUGUCUGCUCUGCAUGGUGACAUGGACCAGAAAGAGAGAGACUUGAUCAUGAGGGAGUUCCGCUCUGGCUCCAGUCGAGUCCUCAUUACCACUGACCUGCUGGCCAGAGGUAUUGAUGUCCAGCAGGUGUCCCUAGUCAUCAACUACGACCUGCCGACCAAUAGGGAAAACUACAUCCACAGGAUUGGUCGUGGUGGUCGUUUUGGCAGAAAGGGCGUAGCCAUCAACAUGGUGACUGAGGAUGACAAGCGAACCCUGAGGGACAUUGAGACAUUCUACAACACCACCGUUGAGGAGAUGCCCAUGAAUGUGGCCGAUCUUAUCUAGAUGACUCCAAGUGCCCAUCGCCACCCCCCCCUCCCCACUUAUUUUAGCAGUCAAACCUUGUUUCUUAUACGAUCUGAAUUCUAAGAACUUCCUUUUGCUAAAUUCCACAAUGACUUUACCCUCUACAUUCUAAGGAAAGGAAGAAUGUGGCCAUUAUUCCUUCUUAACCUUUUGAAAUAGUUUUUGGUUGUUUUGGAAGGAUGAAUUACUGACCUGCUUCAUCUGCUUGCCAUAGUCCAUUACUCCAUAUUGGCACCUAAAUUCUUCCCUGCAGCUAAUCCCCCCCCCUCUAAACCUUAAAGCAUUAAAUUGAACAUUUGUUUUGCAACCUGAAGACUUUAAACAUCAAACAAAUCGGUUUGUAACUGGGUCCCACACGUGCAAAAACGUAACGGCGUUUCCAAAAGCACAUUAAAUAAAAACGACAAAGUUGAUGUUUAAAGUGUUUUAGCUCUGACUGUUAGCAAAAGCUUAACAUUAAAUUAAUAACUUGGCUCAAUUGAUGACAUGCUGGACGCUAUCACAAAGGUCAUCGAAGCUUUUGUGAACUAUGGCUGUGAUUUGCACCUGCACACAGUAAACAGGUGCCGCACUGUUUGGUGACUUAUAGCUGAGAGGUUUAGACUGCAGUUAAGUUUGGGCUCAACACAACAACCUAAUGGAAUGGGAAGUGCUGCAUUUGACCAGAUCAGUAUUUAAACAACCUUCGGUGUACUGGAAACCGCCUUUUAACUCGCAUCCAUGAUCAUGUUAAGAAAAGGUUUUGGGGCUAGAGUACACAGGGCAUAUUCAAUAAAAAGACCUAUAUAGUAAAAUCCAUCAUGAUUGAGUGGUUUACCGUUUUGAUCCUUUUACUGCUGUUUCAUAUAUAUAUAUAUUUUUUAAUUGCUAUUGUACAUACUGCUUGACUUGUACAGUCGUCUGUGCAGUAGCAUUCAGUUGAAGACUGGUGGCCACAGACGUUUGGAGGCAAAAACAACGGUGAGUGCUGUGGAGACUUUGCCUCUCGACCCUGACAACCUGCUUCAAUUCUCAUCUCUAACUUUUGACUUAUUGUUCAUUUAGAUUUUUAUUUGUAAACAUUGGAUUUUUUUUUUUUGAUUUUUUUUUUUGGAUAAGAUGGGAGUGUUUUUGUAACCUACCUCGCCAAAAAUGUUUGGGGAGGGGUACAGUCUGCGCUGAUAUGAAAGGACCAAACUACAGAUGAAGUAUAUAGAGAUCCUUACCCCACACUCUACUCUUUCUAAGCGCUCAUUAAAAUGCCUGUCAUGGGGUUUGGUGUGUAGGAGAACCGUCAUGUCUUGAGGUGUGUAGUCAGUGCUAUUUUUAAAAUGGAUUUACGGAAUUGUUAACCUUUUGAGACCGAAACGGUAUCAAGUUUUCUACAUUGGAUUCUGUAUAGUAUUUAUUUUAAUGGUCUUCAAAAAUAAUAAAAAAUAAAGGUUUCUCUUUAACAGUGUAAA